CCUUAAAUAAUGUUCCUCUCUAUCUUGUCACUCGUUUUGGCUUCUCCUGACUAUAGCCCUGUUCAUUUUGGUGCUUUUGGACUUGUGGUUUAGGCUCGAUUUUGGAAGUGUUUCCUUCUUCCACUUGACAAUAAACCCCCUUUUUGGGUCCAUAUUGUUCUCGCUCUCUAAGCUUUUUGGCCCGAAGUCCCCCCCCCCCCAAAAAAAUAAUAAUAAUGACCAUUCGAUUAUUAUCCACGAAUAUAGCAAAGCUGCUCCUCUUCAUUAUUGUCUUCUUUAUCGGCCUUCUCGCUGCGGUUUUUGUUUAUGAAAGCUCUACGAACGAUACGCCUGAGGGGCGUAGCCCUUUGAAGGAAGGCAAUGCACUCGAUGAGAAGUCCUUCAAAGAUGGCGUACCAGAAAAUUCCCUCGAGAAACGUGGUGGUCCUGAUAUGGAUGCCUUGUCUGGUAUAAUUCCUGGCGCCAUCUCAGACCUCGUUCCCGGUGCAGCGUCAUCACUAGAGGCAAAGAUCACCAGUGAUAUAAACAGGAUGGCACAUACAAUAAGUUUGCCUACUUUCGACUCUUUAAGGGGUAUGCCUUUCGUAUCGCCUGAGCAUUCGAGGGGUUCAAUCCCAACCGCACAACCUGAGCCGACUAGCUCCGAAAUCGCAGUCCUAGAAGACAAACUUGGCGGCAUGCUCAACGGGACCAUCCCUUUGGAAAGUUCCAGUAUCAUCCACGAAGCAACGUCUGAAGCCCAAGCUGUAGUGGCCUCGGUAGAGAAGCUAGCUACUGAUAUCGCAUCGAUAGCUAGUCAAGUUGGAGCUAGCCAGCUACAAGCUCCUGAUGCAUUGGAAUCAGUGGAGGUCUUAUUCGAAAAUCUGGACUCGAUGAUUGCUAGUAUUGUCCAGGAUGUGGUCGCAGACGCUGCCUCUGAAGCCGAAGCACCUUUGCUGACGGGACUUUCCACUGCUCUGGCUAGCGAUCUUGGUAACAUAGUGGAUGUAGGAAACGGUCCCGUUUCAUUAGUUGGGGACCUCAUCGAAGACAAUAUAUGCGGUAUCGUAACUGUCGUCAAUGGCAUCACCUCUACAGUUGUCGGCAUAUGCGGCGAUAUGGCAUCAGCGCUUGCUAACGAUGCUCAUACUUCCAGAGUUAUGUCUGCAUCCAAGACAGAAGCGCUUUUGACGACGGACGCCUCUGUACUAGAGACUACAGCAAAGGCGUCUCUUACCUUGAUUUCCUCAGUGGGGUCUAAAUCAGGGGCUUCUCAGACCACAACUUCUCUUAAAUUAACUUCACAAGCUAUGUCAUCUCCUGUGCCAACUAUAUCAAGCGGUAUUGAUUCUCCGGAUAUCCAACUGAAUACCCAGACUUCGACCAUAGUGAUUUCAGCCCCUUCUCAAUCUAUUCCUCAUAAUUCGGCAGCUCAUACGUUGGCAGAAUCUGACAAGCAAACUGUCAUUACGUCUGCUAAGGCUGAUUUAGCAUCGUUGAUCAUGAUAGAUACUCCUCAUUCUGUCAUAAGUCCUCGCCCAUCGUUAACAGGAUUCGUGCAACCGGGCGGUCUACAGCUUGGGGCAGGAAGCACUAUCGUCGUAAUGGCUUCCGGCGUUGAUGGACUUGUCGCUUUGGCUGAGACCACUACUGUGGCAGACGACUGUUUGACUCAGACAAUUCUCUUAGCUGGCCAAACUUCCACUCUUACUAUAUACGCCUACGAACCAUGUCCAACGCGGCCGCCUUGUCCAGAAUGCCCUUCCCCGACUUGCCACUGUCCCAAUGCUGGUGGGCCAUCUCCUACUCCUCCACCUGGAGGCACUGGUGAUCGGGGACCGUGUCCUGGCUCGGGCUAUACUUGUCAUGAUUGUCUGGAUGGAUGGUUUUGUCCGCCUCCCCAAACCCCUGCGCAACCUGCCCCUUGUGGUUUUGGUUGGCCCUGUGUACACUGCGACGGCGGGUGGUUUUGUGUUCCCUAUCCAACACCAGGUCCAGAAACAUGUGCAGGAUCUAGAGUGCCAGAUUCCAAUAGCCCUGGUAUCAUCUCCUCUACCAUCACCCCAUCCCCAACUUCUUCACGACCAAGCUCGAUGCAGUCAACGAUACCAGUACCAGCCCUGCCAAGUCCGAAAAGGCCCGAGAAAGCCUCGAGUUGGGGUUAUUGCGGCUGUUGGGCUGAUCAACCAGACGAAAGAGCUCUCAACAUGGAACCACAUCCUGAUCUAGGUCCUCUCACUAACGAAAAUUGCGUUCAACACUGUAUAAUUCGUGGGUUCCUCAUGGCUAGUACCGAGGACGGCUCCAACUGCUACUGUGGCAACUUCCUCAAUGGUACGCAAAAGCUUGACGACUCAGCAUGUUCAAUUCCAUGUACAGGAGACGCAAGACAAGCGUGUGGAGGCAACAAUGCUCUUAGCUGCUAUAGCUCCGAUGACGAAGCACAUGGGUGGGCGAGUGCCGGGCCCCAACCAUUGCCCGCAACAGCCGAGCCUCCCGAGGUCAUAUCUAUGGAUGUUGGCGGCGUCGCUCAUUCAAUUAUGACACAGCCAGUAGCAGUAUUCCCUCCUCCUGGUGCGGAUAUGGGUCAGUUGAUCAGUCAAUACGGAAAGAAGACAAGGCAAUCAGAGGGCCAUAUUCCAAAUAGCAUAAGCGCUAGCUUAGCACCUGGCAACACAAAUGGAGAGUCUGGGCCAGGAUCGCCAACGACUUCACCUAACGAAAGUGGUGGUACAAUUCCACCGCAGAGUGGCUCACCAGCCCCGACUACCCCAGGAUGUUCUGGUGAAGGUCUCACUUCACCGGGUGGUAACGGUGGUAACAAUGGAUCACCGCCGACUAACGGUGUGGGGACUGCCUCUCCUGCUAGGAGCAAUGGUCCGUCUUCGAACUCGAACGGGGGAGCGGGGGCAAGUCCAACUGUACCAGGAGGUAAUGGAAAUACAAAUUCACCGUCGAGCGGUUCUGGAGGUACCUACACAGGAACGAGCCCUAACUCUGCCUCGAAUGGAAAUGGGGGCGGGGCUGGAUCUGGUCAAGGUCCUGGAUCGGGUUCGAAUGGAGGAACAAACACUGGCCCCUGUCCGACGGCCGGAUCGAAUACUGGAAGUGGAAGUGGAAGUGGGGGUGGGGGUGCUGGCCAAGUCACCUCCGGAGGAACCCCCAACUCCCCGAAUUAUUCACCAGCGAGUAGUGGGAUAGGAGCAUCUCCCAGUGCGUCGGCGUUGAAUAGCGGUGCCGGAACUCCCGAGUCUUGUCGUCCCGGCGCGGAUCCGGGCUGUACUUUGACCGGUAAUGGUAGUGGGCAAACUCAGCCAUCAUUGGGUCAAGGCCAAGGAACUGCUAACCCUAAUCCCACCAUUAACCCAUCAGGUACUACAAGCCAAGCGUCAACAGGUCAAGGCCAAGGUAGUAUGGUUCCUAACCCUUCGGCAAACCCAUCAAGCAAUGGUGGUUUCCCAGCUACUUGUACUCCAGGCUCGUCUGAUCAGAGUUGCUACCCCUCUACCGGUGGAAACUCGGGCCCUAAUCCAUCUGCUCAGACCCAGGGGCAGAACUCAGCUGGUGGUAGUAACAGUGCCGGAUCAAACCCAUCCACGGCGACUCAUGACCCAAAUUCUUCAUCGCCGCAGAACGGGGGAGGCAUGGGCGCCGGACAAACCCAGGGCCAAACCACACCUUCCAAUGGUGGAACGGGGGGUCCCAAUACGGCCACAAAUGCUCCAGUAGCAACAAAUCCAUCUGGCAACGGAGGAACUUCCGGUCAGAAUGGGCAAUCGCAAGGGCAAGGGACGCAAACCAAUGCUGGUGGAGGUAAUGGAAAUGGCAAUUCCCCAACACCAAGCCCUAAUCUGACAGCAAACCCUUCCACGAAUGGAGGUGCCGGACCUAGUAAUGGAGGAAGCAAUAGCCCCAAUAUACCAGGACAAGGCGCCCAGUCUAACCCAGCGGAAAGUAAUGGGAACGGUAGGCCAUCAACGCCAGGGUCUGGCCCAACUGUACCGAACGGGGGCAACACACCUACCGGCGAAGGCCAGCUAACGGUAUCAAACCCCAAUACUGGCGGCGCAACUCCGAGCGCAGCGAACACGAACCCACAGACAUCUGACUAUACAUUCGCUCCCGGAGUCGUUCCAUACGGCGGCCGUGUUUCACCCUCGAUGACCACGCUGGCGUCGAUGAUGGUAUGGGCAGGGCCUGACGAAGAAGAAGAGGCACCUGUCAUGCUACACCAUAGUAUGAGCAGUCAGAUAGAGCCUUCUGGCACGCCCCAGUUGGACUUUGAGGAACCCCCUACGACGACCACUAGUACAUCGAUGCUGGAGGGCCCGCGGUGGCAACGCAUGAGGCCGGUGAUGGUUUGGUGAGAUGAGAAUAUGUAUAGUACCGUGCCUAGUUAUACGGGGAUGGUUUUGGUAGAAGGUCUAUCUAUAAAGGGGGGGAGUGUAGGGUGAUACCCAAAAGAAUUACAAAAAAAGGAAAGAAGGAAAAGAUAGGGUUCUAAGAGACAG